AUGGCGUAUGAGGAAGUCAACAAUGAGCUUAACCUUAAAGACACAGAGCUUCGUUUGGGAUUGCCUGGAACAGAAGAACAACAAAUAGAAGUUUCUUGCGUCCUAAGUAACAAACGGAAGUUUCAAAACAACGACGAGAACAGCCUGAAAGAAGAAUCUUCUCCUUCUCCUGCCAAAACACAAAUCGUUGGUUGGCCUCCAGUGAGAUCAAACCGGAAGAACAACAACAACAACAAAAACGUGACUUAUGUGAAAGUGAGUAUGGACGGAGCUCCAUAUCUUCGUAAGAUAGAUCUCAAGAUGUACAAAGACUAUCCUGAGCUUCUCAAGGCACUAGAGAGCAUGUUCAAGUUCACAAUUGGUGAAUACUCUGAGAGAGAAGGAUACAAAGGAUCUGGAUUUGUACCGACUUAUGAGGACAAAGAUGGAGACUGGAUGUUGGUUGGUGAUGUUCCAUGGGACAUGUUCUCUUCAUCUUGUCAAAAACUCAGAAUCAUGAAACGAUCCGAAGCUCCUCCUGCUUUAUGA